GCACAGCUUCUGGGGCGAGCUUACUCAGAUCUGUUUCUGCAGCAGCAGGAGCAGCAGCAUCAGCAGCAGCAACAGACACCAGAACCCGAUCAGACAGAGCACGUGCUCUCAGAUGUGACAACAGCCAAUUUAGUUCAGCUAGACCAUGAUGGCUUACCUCAGGCACUACAUGACUACCGAAAGCCCCAAAAGAUUGAGGUUCAGAAGAGACAGAUGCAGCAAUUGCAGCAGCAACAACAGCAACAGCAGCAGCAACAACAGCAGCAACAGCAACACCAGCAGCAGCACCAGCAUCAACAACAACACCACCAGCAGAGACAAAUUCAACAGCAGCACCAAGAACAGCAUCAGCAAAGGCAGAUCCAGCAACCACAUAGGUUACAGCAACCACAGAAACAAUUUCAAUUCCAGCAGCAGCCACAGCAACAACAACACCAACAACAUCAACAGCAACAGCAACAGCAACAACAACAACAGCAGCAACAGCAACAACAGCAACAACAGCAACAGCAUCAACAGCAGCAGCAACAGCAACAACAACACCAACAGCAGAGACAGGUACAGCAACACCGUCAGAUCCAACAACAAUCGAAAACAGUUCCAGCAAAUUCAGAAGGAACAGAGCAGCCAGUUGAGUGAAUCACAAGAGCAGCAGCAGCAGUCGCACCCACCGCCUCAGCUGAUGCCCCUUGUCUCCCGUAGUGGCCGUCCCAUUCGCCGUAGGCCUGAGUACGUGGAGUAUGUGAGCCAGAACCUGAAGGAGGAGGAAAUUCUCCCACACCUCCCCCAGCAAUUGGUCAAGGUGGAGGACAUGGUAAUCACAGCAGAGUUUGAGGAGGAGGACCCAAUGGAGGAGGUGAUGGAGGAGGAGGAUCCCCUCGAGGAAGACCUAGACUCCAAUGAUGAAGACCAGGACAAUGGCGGGAACUACAGCACAGAUGGGAAGAAGUCACUGCCCCACAAGAAGAGAAUUCCCAAGAAGCUGAAGACAACCAAGAAGCAUGUCAAGUGCUACAAGUGUGCCCAGUGUGGAGAGCAGUUCACAAACCAGCAACAAUUCACGGCUCACAAGCAGACCCACACACCACCCCCGGCCAAGCCCAAGCCUUUUAGUUGUGAAAUUUGCUCAAAGGGAUUUGAAACGCAGCUAAAGUUCUUUGAGCAUUUGAAGGGCCAUUAUGAGCCAUACAAGAAACACAAGUGUGAGGUAUGUGGGGGUGAGUUUGAGAGUGCCGAUGCCUUGCAGGAACACUCUAUGGUGCACUCACGUGAACACUACAAGUGCGAACUCUGUAACAAAACAUUCCGCAAGGAGAGCAUGCUAGAAGUCCAUCUCAAGGUGACACACAUGGAGGAGGAUGAAAGCAGUGCUGUUGAGAAGCCAUACACCUGCCUUGCCUGCCCCAAAAGCUACCGGACACAGAUGGCCCUCGAUUCCCAUGUCCAGACAGAGCACAGUGAGAACCCCCCAGAAUUCAACUGUGAAGACUGUUACCGUGUCUUCAAGUCCAAAUCUAAGCUCAUGACUCACAGGAAGAUUGAGCAUAAGGAAGAAGGACCCCAGAACAAGGGGGCACCCAAGAAGAAGAUGAAGAUUGGCAAAACAGUGAAGGGAGGCUAUGCAUGCACAAUGUGCCCCAGGGUGUUCACACACAAGAACUCCCUUGUCUACCACAUCAGAGGACACACAGGAGAGCGACCUCAUCAGUGCGAGCAGUGUGGCAAGGCCUUUUAUGCUGCAAGUGCACUGAAGGUCCACCUGCGGCUACACAGUGGAGAGAAGCCAUACAAGUGCGAACACUGCGGCAAGUUCUUCCGGCAGUGGGGAGACCUGAGAUACCACACUACCUCUGUUCACUCAGAUGCCAGACAGUACCAAUGUGAGUUCUGUGGCAAGGACUUCAAGCGCAAAUACUGCCUGGUUGUCCACCGUAGAAUCCACACUGGGGAAAAGAACUACAAGUGUGAGCGCUGUGAUAAGGCGUUCCGUGCUGCCUCGUACCUGCAGAAUCACAAGAGAAUACACACAGGUGAGAGACCUCAUCCAUGCCCAGACUGUGGCAAGCCUUUCCGUGUACGCUCUGAUAUGAAGCGGCACCGGCAGACACACAUGCGAGAGCAAGCCAAUGCUAAUAAUACAGUAGGAACACCUGUCUCUACUGCUGUUACACAAGUGGGCACCCAGUCACCCUCUCCAGCACCCCAUGCUCAGAUUGUCUCGGGUGCAGUGUCCCAGGGUAGCAGCACUCCUCAGCUGAUUGUUGCUGACCAGGUGACAGGUCCUGACCAGCCCAUUAGAAUAAUGGUGUCAGGGCUGAAUGCACAGCAUGUGGCCACAGCAGUGCACCCACCACCUGCACACAGGCAACCUCAGCAAGUGGCAGUGCCAGUCUCAGGGAACAUUGCAACAUUAACAACUGGGCCAGUGUCACCAGGAGGGACAACCACAACGCUGACCCCAGAGGUGAUCAUAAUGGAUGACAACGCUCACCAGCCCAUAAAUCUCAACAUCAUCCCACGCAUGAUUACCCAGGCGCAGGUCGGGUCCUCACCACAUACCAGCCAUGCCACACUCGUCACCACAGAGGAUGAGUAUCAGCUGGCCAACCCUGGUCGCAACACCAUUGAAGUGCGGGGUGAGGAAGGGAAUGUGUAUGUGUGGCAUGGGGUCUUCACCAACUAAGCCAGGCUGGAUCAUCUAAGAGGUCAGAGCCUGAAUUUGUUGAAGGAAGAAGAAUGGAAGACAGAAGAUGCAAUGCCUAUGUAUCAUUCUCGAAUCUCUGUUGCUGCAGAAGACUGAUGACACAUGACAUCUCAGAAGGUUGAGUUAUUCUGAGUAAAUGUUUGUUAAAGAGAAGUAUUUAUAUAUAUCUAUAUAUACAUACAUAUAUAUUCUAGGCAAACCCUAUACUCACAGAAGCAAACUGGUUAUUUGAUGUAGCUACAUAUCUGUGUCCGUUGGAAAUUGGAAGAGAAUGAAAACGGUGAAA